UGGAAAAAAAGAGGAGGGGAGAGCGCCGAGCAAGGGAACUUUAACUUGUGGAAAUAUUGCCGGACCGAGAGAGAUAAAGACAGGAGAGCGGGAAACGAGUAAUUCAGCACUCGGAAACGAAAAUAGGAUUUACUCCCUAAUGCACAGACUGAACUUUGGGAUUUUUUUACUUGCAGUUUCUUCUGCCACUUUGAACUAGACACGUUCUCAGAUUUUCAGGCUGCUCAAUGAAUUGCACAGUACAGGGCAGGGCUUGCUGAGAACCGGGUUGUUUAUGUUUAGUGUAUGAGAGUUGAUUGGAGAUACGAACGUGAGAGUUGAUUGGAGAUACGAACGUGACAUACGGCAAUAGGGUGUCACAAAGGUGUUAGUAGGAAAGUGGUGUCGGAAUCUUGCCCUGCGCUGUCACUAUUGGCGGGUGGCAGUAUCUUAAAUGAAUCCUGUCACUUAACCCUGCCAGCGAUACAAGCUGGUCACAUUGGCAUUCACGGCAGGUCAUCUGAAUAGGCUAUAAUCUACAAAAAAUUGGAUUCAUUGAAUGUUUGUAGUCCAGUAAGAAAUAAAACUGUGCCUUUUGUAGUCUAUUGAACAGGCGGGAGCUAUAGCGCACAUUGCGUUUUUGAGGAGAGAAUAGACUAGUUUCUGUUCAUGCUAAAACGGUGCAAACUCCUGGCUCUGCCCCUCUGGCAACAGUAGCAAAGGAUAUCUGAAGCAAGGGAGUGUAGGCUACAACACCCAACAUUAGCCCGCACGAAACAGUGCCUGCGUUUACUUUUCCGCUGCACUUGGGAGCUGUCAUGCCUAUACGAAAGAAAGAUGCUGAAAGAGCUUUACUACUCAUGGAGGAAUACAAGACGAAACUUGGACAGACAGAAGACCGACAACUCAGACAGUCACUAGAAAGAGUCAUCAACAUCUUUCAGAGCAACCUCUUUCAAGCCUUGAUAGAGAUCCAGGAGUUUUAUGAAGUGACCUUACAGGAUGGCCAGACAUGUGUAGAGGCAGCCAAGCCUGCAGAGCCCCCCGCUCCCCCUGUCACCCUGUGGGACUUCUCCAGCCUGCCCUCCCCCUCCACUGCUGUCACCUCUGACACCCUGCCCAGCAGCCUUACGUCCAGCAUAGAGAAGUACAGGAUUCAGGAUGAGGAUGGUUCUACCCCCCAGCAGGACCAGGGUCAGUCCCAGGCCUGUCCCCAGCACCCCUACCCCAGCCUGGAGGAGAAAGGCAGAGAGCGGGAGCUGCCAGGGAGCCACCAUGGGACCCUCCGCAGCUACCAUGGAGGGGGAACCCUGGACGGGUACCACCACAGCAGGGGGGAGGGACGGCCAGAGCUGGUCCAGGUAGCAGAGAAGAACCUGUCUCAGAUAGAGAACGUCCAUGGAUAUGUCUCCCACGCACACAUCUCCCCUAUGAAGGUAGAGUCGUUGGAGUGUAUCUUCGACGCUGGCUCGCCUGUAGGCUAUGAGGAUGUUCCUGUUCCUGACUUCUCUACGCUGUAUGCUACCAACCACGCCCUUCUACAGGCAAACCCACCUCCUGUAGUGGUUAACACAGACAGCUUGGACAGCCCCCCAUACGCUAAUGGAUCUGAAGCAGAUUAUGAGUAUGAGGAGAUCACACUGGAACGGGGUAACUCUGGGUUGGGCUUCAGUAUUGCGGGGGGGACAGAUAACCCCCACAUCGGCGAAGACCCCAGCAUCUUCAUCACCAAGAUUAUCCCCGGGGGAGCUGCAGCUCAGGACGAACGCCUCAGAGUGAAUGACUGCAUCCUGAGAGUGAACGAGGCAGACGUGAGGGAUGUGACCCACAGUAAGGCCGUGGAGGCCCUGAAGGAGGCCGGCUGCAUCGUCAGGCUCUACAUCCGCAGGAGAAAAGCCCUCUCAGAGAAAAUCCUGGAGCUCAAACUAGUCAAAGGUCCUAAAGGUUUAGGAUUCAGUAUUGCAGGGGGAGUAGGGAACCAGCACAUUCCAGGAGACAACAGCAUCUAUGUCACCAAGGUCAUCGAGGGAGGGGCUGCACACAAAGACCAGAGGCUGCAGAUUGGAGACAAACUAUUGGCUGUAAACAGCGCUUGCCUUGAAGAGGUGAGUCACGAGGAUGCCGUGGCGGCCUUGAAAAACACCCCCGAUGUGGUUUACUUGAAAGUGGCGAAACCCACCAGUGUCUUCAUGAACGACAGUUUCGCUCCCCCCGACAUCACUAACUCGUAUUCCCCUCACAUGGACAACCAUAUCAGCCCUUCCAACUACCUGAGCCGGCCCCAUACCCCCGCCACGCCUGGGCGCUACUCACCCAUCCCCAAGAGCAUGCUGGGAGACGACGAGGUUACUAGGGAGCCCAGGAAGGUGGUGUUACACCGUGGAUCUACAGGCCUGGGGUUUAACAUAGUAGGAGGAGAGGAUGGAGAGGGAAUCUUUAUCUCCUUCAUCCUGGCUGGUGGACCUGCUGACCUCUGUGGAGAGUUCCGGAAAGGAGACCGCAUCAUCUCAGUGAACGGGGUAGACCUGCGCAGUGCGACCCAUGAGCAGGCUGCAGCAGCUCUGAAGAACGCUGGACAGACGGUCACCAUCGUAGCCCAGUACAGGCCAGAGGAGUACAGUCGGUUUGAAGCCAAAAUCCAUGAUCUUCGGGAGCAGAUGAUGAACAGCAGUAUCAGCUCUGGAUCUCUGCGGACCAGCCAGAAGAGAACGCUCUACGUCAGGGCUCUGUUUGACUAUGACAGGGCGAAGGACUCGGGGCUGCCCAGCCAGGGGCUCAACUUCCACUUUGGAGACAUCCUUCAUGUGGUGAAUGCCUCCGAUGACGAGUGGUGGCAGGCGCGGCAGGUGACCCACGAAGGAGAGGUGGAAGAGGUCGGAGUCAUCCCCAGCAGGAGGAGGGUGGAAAAAAAAGAGAGAGCGCGGUUAAAGACGGUCAAAUUCAACGCCCGGUCUCAAGACAAAGGGCAGUCAUUCAAUGACAAGCGUAAAAAGAACCUCUUUUCCCGAAAGUUCCCUUUCUACAACAAGAGCAAGGAGCACAGCGAGCAGGAAACGAGCGAUGUUGACCAGCAUGUAACCUCUAACGCCAGCGAUAGUGAAAGUAGUUACCGUGGCCAGGAGGAGUACGUCCUGUCCUACGAGCCAGUCACACAGCAGGAAGUGAACUACACACGGCCCGUCAUCAUCCUGGGGCCAAUGAAAGACCGCGUCAACGAUGACCUCAUCUCAGAGUUCCCCGACAAAUUUGGGUCCUGUGUCCCACACACGACCAGACCAAAGCGGGAUUACGAGGUGGAUGCCAGAGACUACCAUUUUGUGGUGUCCAGGGAGCAGAUGGAGAAAGACAUCCAGGACCACAAGUUCAUCGAGGCGGGCCAGUACAACAAUCACCUGUAUGGGACCAGCGUCCAGUCUGUACGGGAGGUCGCUGAGAAGGGGAAGCAUUGCAUCCUGGAUGUUUCAGGCAAUGCCAUCAAGCGAUUGCAAUCGACCAUGCUCUACCCCAUCGCUAUUUUCAUCAAGCCCAAGUCUGUGGAGAAUAUCCUGGAGAUGAAUAAGAGGCUAACAGAGGACCAGGGGAGGAAGACGUUUGACAGAGCCAUGAAGCUGGAGCAGGAGUUCACUGAGCACUUCACUGCUAUAGUCCAGGGGGACUCUCUGGAGGAGAUUUAUAACACGGGGAAGAUGAUCAUCGAGGAGCAGUCAGGACCCUUCAUCUGGGUGCCUGCCAAGGAGAAGUUGUGAAAGGAAGACAGAAGAGAUUUUACCCUUUUUACAUUUUUGCAUCUUCGUUUUCUUCUCUGAUUUUACGUCUAAUUUUACGCCCUGAGCUUAGACCCCCUCCUCCCUUACACACACACACACACACACACACACACACACACACACACACACACACACACACACACACACACCUGCUUCCCUCUGUCACACUGGCUGGUGUCGUUACAUUAGUGUCUGGGGAUCUGAUCACGAAUAGACCCACACACACACAAUUAUUUAACGCUUUCUCUCUCUAUCACACACACACACUCGCUCUCUCUCUCUCUCUCUCUCUCUCUCUCUCUCUCUCUCUCUCUCUCUCUGGUGUUUUCUUGGGCUGUCCUUGUCUCUGGAUGUUUCUCCUGCUAAGGAGGUAUGGGCUUUGUUGACCAGCAUCUUAUGGGGAGAUUUUUAUGGUACAAGUCCUUAAUGUUUAAGGAACAUGAUUUAGAUGCAUAUAUAUAUAGAAAUAAUAAAUCAUUUCUUUUUCGUUUUUUCUUCAUAUUAUUGAAAGUAAAUGCAUUCAUGUACGUAUGAGCUCGUAAAGGAGAUGACAUGAGGCAAAACUUUGCACGCUAUAGCUUUAAAAGAGCAUGUUUCAGACUAUUCUGAUCAUUUCCUCGUCAUGUUUUCCCUCGUCAUGUUUUCCCUCGUCAUGUUUUUCCUCGUCUUGUUUUCCCUCGUCAUGUUUUUUGUUGUUCUUUAGUUGUCCUUUGUCUCUGCUCACCUGACAGCCAUGCAUACCUGUUUAGUUUAGUCUAUUCAAACUGCACAGAGGUAACUAAGGUUAGUGAGUGGUGAGUGGACUUCACUCUGGCACAAAAAAGGCAGUUUCUUAUCAUGGCCGCCUUCACUCACUACGAUCCCUGAGGAUUCUAUUACAUUCUUGUCAAUAAGCUUUUGGGUGGUUAACUAACUUCCUAAACAGGAAUAGAGUAAAUUAACGGCUGUUUUUAAACUGACUCCAGGUGUCCAUGUAUUAGUAGUAGUAGUAGGAAGAAAGCAAAAACCGAAAGAAUUUAUUGUACACUGAGAUUUUAACGUAUAUUUAACCCUCAGUCUACUGCCUAUUUUGUUAUAAUAAAAAGUGUAUAUUGAGCUUUACUUAAAAACUCUUACAGCUAUGGGGAAUUAUUUUAUUUGCCAUGUUGAACGUAUAAAUAUGAAUAUAUAUAUAUAUAAAUAUAUUUUCCUUUACUUUUCACCGACACCUAUUUGUUUCAAUUAGUUUCUUAUGCAUUCAGUAGAGCAGAGGAGACCUAUGGUCCUUAGACAGGUUCCUCUGUAAGGGUUAAGGUUGGGAACAGGACACAUGUAAACCCUAACUCUGAACUCCACUGACUGGCUGGGGUGUAAACUGUGUUGGUGAAGCAGUGGGAAUGUAAAGUAACCAACAUGGUGGCAGCUGGUUCUCCUCUCCCCCUCUCCAUGUCCACUUCCCUGCAAGUUUUAUUUUUUCAUGUGAUGAUGUGCAUGGUUUUUAAAAGCAAUAGUCUUUAUUAAAUUAAAAAACAAGGGGAAAAAAAGAGGAAUCUAUGUUCACCAAGGAUCGUGACGUCAUAUCUUCAAGCUCCGCGAGGGGAUCGUCCGGACAGACUGGAGUAGACGGUCCUCAAGAGUGUGUGUGGACAUGGCCGUUGUUCGUAUCUGAAGGGAAAAGAUCUGACAACGCGCUCCGAAGCGCAACGCCUUUAACUGUCCUUCGGAGGAUGCCUUGCUGGAAUCCUCCCUCCCUCUCCUGCUUCCACAAAGAUGAUUGUUUUCUAUAAGAGUUAUUCUGCUUCUUCUUCUGCUUCUUCACCACCUCACCACAGCUUUCUAUCUCACUUUUGGAUUCGAGUCUGUAAAUAAUCCCUUUCCUGAUUCAUUCAAUUUGUCAUAAAGAGGAGAACUGCUAAUAAAGCCUUUCUCAUACAUCA